AUGACAGUCCGCCGUGGAGACCGUGCUCCGGUCCCUAUCCGCGAGCACAUGGCCAUCGAUGUAUCUCCAGGCCCAAUCCGACCCAUUGCCCAGAUCUCGGCUUAUUUUCCACACCCCGGGCUGGAGGGGAUGCUGACAACACGGGACAGAAUGAGGGGCCAAGGGCCUACGACGGUGCCUCCUGGCACUGGAGAAGGAGAGGCCGCUGAUGGAUACGAUUCUGACGAGAAUACAUCCCUUGGGACCCUUGAAUUUGACAUCCUUUAUGAUCCAGAAAGCUGCACCCUCGGUUGCACCAUCCUUCGGGCCAAGGGAUUGAAGCCGAUGGAUUUUAAUGGCUUGGCUGACCCGUAUGUCAAGCUGCACCUCCUGCCUGGGGCCUGCAAGGCAAACAAACUGAAAACACGAACACAGCACAAUACGCUCAACCCCGUCUGGAAUGAAGCCCUGAUAUACAAUGGGAUAACAGCUGAGGAUAUGGCCCGGAAAACUCUGCGAAUCUCUGUCUGUGACGAGGAUAAACUGACACACAAUGAGUUCAUAGGAGAGACCCGGGUGCCUCUGAGACGCCUCCGGCCUGGCCAGAAAAAACAUUUCAACCUGUGCUUGGAACGGCAACAACCGCUGGCAUCCCCUUCCUCCAUGACUGCAGCUUUGCGUGGGAUCUCCUGCUACCUGAGAGAGCUAGAACCCUCCGCUGGCUGGGCCCUGGAGGAACGGGGCCGCAUCCUGCUCGCCCUCAUGUACAGCUCUGAACGCCACGGACUGCUGGUGUCUAUUCUCCGCUGUGCCCACUUAGCUGCCAUGGACGUGUGUGGCUACUCGGAUCCUUAUGUAAAAACGUACCUGAGACCAGAUGUAGAGAAGAAGUCAAAGCAUAAAACAACUGUGAAGAAGAAGACACUGAACCCUGAAUAUAAUGAGGACUUUUUCUACGAGAUCGAACAGUCAGAACUUGGUCACAAAUCCCUGGAGAUAACAGUUUGGGAUUACGACAUUGGGAAAUCCAACGACUUCAUUGGUGGGGUCACUCUUGGCCUAGGGGCCUCUGGGGAAUGCCGACAGCACUGGCUUUCAUGCCUCCAGACCCCCGACUGCCGUCUUGAGCACUGGCAUACCCUCACCAACGAGCUGCCAGAAUCCUCCACUUUUGGCCCCUGA